GCCGACACCGACAGGCAAACCCAUUCAAGGAUACACAACCAGCCACCAACAGACAAACUUGGUGAGGAUGAUGAGUGGGCCACUGCCGCCAACGACGACGACCACAACAGUAACGACGACGACAACAACAGCGACAGCAGCCACCGCGAUGGCACCGGCAUUGGACCCCGUGGCUUUGCUCGAGGAUGCGUUUGGUCAUAUCAGGGAUAAGCGAGCAGGGGACUGUGCAAAUGCGUUUUCCAUCCCACACGCCCGGCAGAUUCUGCACUACCUCGACACCUACCCUGAUGUGCUGUUGAUGGGGCACACGAAGAAGCUGCGCAAGGUGGCGGAGACUUGCUUGGAAUCUUCUUCACAACAAGACCUGCUCUCAGCGUUACUUGCAGCCGAUGCAGUGAACAUUGGAAACGGCGGCGCAACCACCAAUGCACGAACCCAAGUACAAUCACCCCAACACACCUCAACAGAGACGCCGGCGAUGCGCCGACAAGCGGCUGCAGACGCCAUUCGACACACGUUGCAAGGCACAUCCCUGCACUCUCUCUCAGAUGCACUUCACACAACGACGUUGGAAGAAGCCGUGCGAAUGCUGCGCCAACUCAACACGGCCGUGCUCGAAACAGCAUCCAUCUGCACGUUUGAUCUCUUUGCUGUAGACAAUCUCAAGCCGGGCCACCUGCGCAAACUGGAAAAGGCAGUGCGGAUAUCUCUGGAUUGGCAGCUGGCGCAGAGCGUUGUGCAUGACAGUGGGAGCCGCUCCGCGACAACAAACACUGCCACCACAACCACAACCGCCACCACAACCACAACCACCGCCACCGCCACAGCAGCGACGACGAACCAUGCGUCUGCGGGGAUGGCAAACGCGUUUGCAGCAGCACCGCCGCCGCCACCACUUGCACCCAUCGCCACAUUGGCCACUACAUCAGCCACAGCAGGGACAGCACCAGGACACAUGACAACUGCUGUCACGACAGCACCCUCGGCAUCGUUAUCGUCCUCCUUUGGGCCGUAACAUGAGGCAUCAAGUGAGAGCGUGACAUACCCCUCUCUGCAUUCACCCCGCCAUUGCUUUCAUUUGAUCCGCUUUGGUUCGUUGUAUUGUUGCGUCUGUGAUGUUGAGCUGCUCAUCGCUUUGCUGCCUGUCCUUGUCAUCGUUUGUGUGUGUGUGUGUGUGUGUGUGUGUGUGUGUGUGUGUGUGUGUCUGUCUGUCUGUCUGGCUGUGUGUCUGUGUCUGUCUGUGUGUGUCUGUGUCUGUGUCUGUGUCUGUGUCUGUGUGUCUGUGUCUGUGUCUGUCUGUGUGUUUGCGCUCUAACCGAUCCAUAAACGUUCGGAAAC